AUGGUUAGAUACUCUAUUGAGCCAGCCAAUCCUGAAAGGACCGCAAAGACUCGUGGUUCUUAUUUACGAGUACAUUUCAAGAAUACUCGUGAAACGGCCAAGGCGAUCUCCGGAAAAAAACUGUCUAAAGCCAUUAAAUAUCUUGAAGAUGUUAAAGAGCAUAAGCAAGCUGUUCCCUUUAGACGGUAUAACGGUGGUGUUGGUCGAUGUGCCCAAGUCAAAGCUUUUGGAUGCACUCAAGGUCGAUGGCCCGUAAAGAGCGCUGAAUUUUUGCUAGGACUGUUAAAAAAUGCUAGAAGUAAUGCAGAACUUAAACGUAUGGAUGUGGAAAAUUUGAUCAUCUCUCACAUCCAAGUGAAUCAAGCUCCUAAACAAAGACGAAGAACCUAUAGAGCUCAUGGUCGCAUCAAUCCUUACAUGAGUAGUCCAUGCCAUAUAGAAAUAAUUGUUACUGAAGAAAAUGCUCAAGUAAAACGUGAAAGUGAUGAAACUAAGAAGGUUCAAAGACUUAAUCGCAGGCAACUUGCCAGAAGAAGAUUACAAGCUUAA